UAGUUCUCAGCCGCUUGGCAGCACAGCUGAUUCUCUGCAGCGCCGGCUGCAUCAUGCCUUCAAAGGUCAGCUGCAGGAACAGAAUUCUGCAAGCAACUAGCUGCUAUAGAACAGUUACCAUUGAGAAGGUGCAAGAAGUGCUCCAGCCUUUUUGAAAAGUUGGAGCUGUGAGCUAUCUGGCCUUUGGAGACUUUGAGUGCUCCUUUGCGGGGCAUGGCCCCUCCUCUCGGCACCAUGGAUGCCCCCGAAACGCCCUGCCUGAUUGACAGGUGGCGACGCCCCUACACGCCUGGGCUUUUCACACCUGAGGAGUUUGAGCAAUACUGGACGCUUGGGUUUGUCUUGAAGAAGGACGUGUUUGCCCCCGAGGAAUUGGAGCCAGCUCGAGAAGCAGUGAACAGGGGAGUUGCAGACAUUGCAGACGACCUGUUCAAAGCCGGCAAGAUCAAGAACAAACACGAGGACGCACCGCUUGAAACGCGGCUGACGUUGAUUGAGGAGCAGUUUCCCUCGGCGAGCGUGUUGUUGCAUAAGCGGGGGGUGCUUCCCAAGGAGUUCCAAGCCCUGUGGACGGACCCCCGGUUGAUGAGCGUGGCCCGACAGCUGCUCGGAGAUGACAUUGGGGGCCAUCCGGUUUGGAACUUGCGGCCCAAGACACCUCAGCAGGAGCAGGCGACAGUUCCGUGGCACCAGGACGCCGCGUAUCUGGACAAGGUCGCCUGGGAGGUGCACCAGGUGACGGCGUGGAUUCCGCUCGUUCCGGCCUCCGAGCGGAACGGAUGCAUGCAGGUCGUCCCGGGGGGGCACCGGACGGGGCGGACCGCAAAGCACACCUGCUGUGCUGGGGGUACCUGGUACGUCGAACUGGACGAAACUGACGCCGCACAAACUUUGGGGGUGGACCUCCAGUCUGCCGCCCUGACUUGCGAGGUCCCCCUGGGAGGGGUCCUUUUCCUGAACAACAUUCUGCCGCACCGUUCGCUGAACAACCUGAGCGACGGCAUCCGGUGGUCGCUGGAUUUGCGGUGGCAGAAAUGGGACCAGCCCGCGGGGUUUUACGGGUUAAAGGAGGUUAUCCCGAUGACCAAGUCGGGUCAACCAGAUUACAAAGUCGACUGGGACGGGUGGGCGAACCUCAGCCGAUCCGCCCUCCAAGAAGGCAUCCUUAAACCCGAAACGAAGAGCCUCGUCGAGACCGUCAAAGCAAUUGAUGCUUCCCACGUGGUUGAGCCCGUCUUGAAGAUUGACGGCGUAUCUAGUGUCAUGCUCAGCGUCGCUAAAAGCCCCGACUCGCCGACGAGCACAUUGGGGGAUCCCUUUGACACUACGAUUGCGGGGCCGUGGAUGGACCAGUGGCCGAUCGUCUUCCACAAUAGGCACACGGAGCGGCAUGAGCGGGGUUCGGUUCAGGGAUGGCAUAAGGCGUAGGCCAGAGUUUUGAGGACACGACGGAAAGCAAGAAAGGGUUGGCGUCUGUUGCACACGCUCAAGAAGGGUCCUGACAGAGCAUUCAGGAGUUGUGGCCGUCUUAGCGUCAUCGGAAUUCUGCACCUGGUGGAAAAGACCGUGUCGAUAAAAAUGUGUUGCGGCCUUGGUCUGCGCCUCUCAUAAAGGUACGAGGCGCUACCAGGUUAGCGGUGUGAGUGUGUCCAAGUAACUGAGCCAAAUACCGUGCCAAGUUUCUAGUAGGCAUUGGAUUAUUAUACACUCUACGUGUUUGUAAAGACAACUCGUUAUAUACGAAGCAGCAUAACCAUUAGUGUAGUUUGAGGCCAUACGGAUCCGACAUGUCCAAGUCUGGUUUUAAUGGUUGAUGAGCGCUGGCAUAUAUUCUUCAGAUGAUUCGAGGAUCGCUCAGGUCUUUCAUUGGUACGUCACUCGCACAGAAAACGCGAUCUUGCAGCUAACUGGCCCCGG